GGAGCGAGGGGAAGAGCCGGGCCGCUUUUGCGACAGUGGCGCGUUUGCGACGCCGCGGCCUCAGCCUUGCCGGGAGGGGCGACGCGUGGACGUCUCCGCCUCGACGCGAGGGGCGGUGGCCUCCUUCACGCCGCCCGCGCUGAGGCACUGCAAACGUGACCCCCGGAGCAGGCGGCUUUAUGGAGGCCCUUCACAGCCCCGAGGCCCCGAGGUCGCAGCCCCGAGGCCGGGAGCGCCGUGGCCCGUCCAGCGUCGCCCCGCCAGGCCCACACGCUCUGCAUCACCCGCGCAGCCAGCGGACCGGGGCGACGCCGCAGGCCGCUCGGGGCCUUGAGCUUGCGCCCCGGCGCGGUGAAGCGCUCGGAUUUCGAGCUCGCCGACAGACGCUGUCCCGAGCAGCGGGGAGACCCGGGCGCACGAACCGAACCCCAGCCCACUUGAGGACCCCCGGGCCGGGGCUGUGACGUCACAAGGCUCCCCGCGCCCGGCCAGGCCCCCGGGCAGUGAUUGGUCCCUUCGGAGGCGGGCGGUGAUGGAGAAGGGCGGGAACAAAUUACAGAGACAAAGAGAGCCCUGGGGUGUGACAAUUAGAGAAGGGUUUGCCCGGGGGCUCCCGGGCUGAGGGCUCUGUUCAGGCCUGCUUUCGCUCGCCCCGGGGCCAGGGAGCGGAGGCGGAGGACGUGCUCUGGAACCCCGAGCCCGCGCCCCGCGGUGGGGACAGGCCCGAGGGCGUGGCUAUGUGCAGCUGCGAGGCUGGGCCGAGGAAUUGAAGUGGCGACCGAGCGGAGCCAUGGAGAAGCCGGAGUCUCUUGCGUCUGUUAGUGGCCUCAGUGCGGAGUCGCCUGGGGGCGUUUCUAAGGCAGUACCCGGAGGUGUCAAAGGUACACAGACAGACUCCGGGCCACCCUCCGGAGUAGCCCUGUUUUGCGGUGCUGGCCCCCUCCUGCAUACCGGAGGCACUGUACCUCGCCGUCCUGGCCCAAUCCAGCCCUCUGAAUGGGCAAUGACCCUCAGUUCCCGACCCAGUGCGCACCUCCGGGGUCCUGGCACUGGAACUGGGGCAAACAGGGCGUCCAUCCCAGGUCCGGGGGAGGCUAAAGUGCACAGCUCGGAGAGCAGUCCGCAGUCCGGGUCAACUUUCUUGCACUCUCAAAACUCUGAGGAACGGCCGCGGAGCAUCCUAAAGAACAGCAGCUCCAUCUUGAUGAAGAAAACCUCCAGUGGGGAGAAGAAGUCUCAGCGCUGGGAUGAGAUGAAUAUCUUGGCUACCUACCACCCUGCUGACAAAGACUAUGGCUUUAUGAAGGCGGAUGAGCCCAGCACCCCCUUCCACAGGCUGCAGGACGAUGAGGACCCAUCUGCUGGGUCGUCUCUCAAGGUGACUCCUGCCUCAUUGGCAGAGAGGUUUGCCACAAUGGACAAUUUCCUCCCCAAGGUCCUCCAGUAUGGAGACAACAAAAACUCAAAGACUGCAGACAGCUUUGCCAAGACAUACUCCAGUGAUUUUGACAAGCACCGAAAGAUACACUACAGUGAGGGGAGGCUCCUGAAGAGAAACCUGCCCUCGGCUGAGGAGGAGGGCAGCAGCGCGGCCGGCGCCAGUGUCAGCAGCAGUAGUCAACAUUUGACAAUGGACCAGAAGCCCAGGCCUGUGGAGAAAGGCUGGGCAGGAAUCAAGAAUGACAGUGUCCUGGUGACCAGCAGCCAUGUCCUAGACACCAGCGAUUCUGCUGCCCACAGAAACCCCUCGGCGUCAGAGUCCACCAUCAGGGAGACUGUGCCGCCGGCCCAUCUACAGCGCAAGGAGUAUUACAGCAAAGGGAGAUACCUGCGGUCCUGUUCCCACCCAGAGCUCAGGGACGACCUGGAAGAUGAAGAACAGGACAGUGAAACCUUGCGGCUCCAGUGGACUCAGGAAAAAGAAACUAGAUCAUGGAAAAUGUAGCCAGCUGGGGGUGGGGUGGGGCAGCUUUCCCCAGCCCUCACCACUCUCAUGGUGGACAAUAAAGAGAGCAGCAGGAAUCUGAUGCUGGGAGUUGGCUGUCCAGACUGGGAGUGUGAGGGGUCCAUACACAGUGGACAGGAAGGCAGAACCGAGAGAAGGAAGCGGAGAGCAACCCAAGGCACUGGGCUCCUAAGCACGUAGGGGCUAAGGCAGCAAAGGCACAAAUCUGAAGACAGUUUGUUCUAUGUAGUGAGAUCCUGUUUCAAAACAUUAAACCUAGGGUUUUAAAAGUCGCUAUUAGUUUUCUCACUUAAUAUGGCGUACCCGUAGAGGUCAGAGGAACUUCCAGAAUUACUUCACUGUGGCUGCUGGGGAUCAGACUCGGCUUGUCAGGCUUGCUGCGUGGCAAACACUUUUACGCUGUGAGCCACUUUGCAGGCCCCAAAACCUAGGAUCUUGAAUGGGCCCAAGCUUGCAGCAGGAUGGCAAUGUCUGACAAUUAAUUUAACAUAAAUGUAUUAACAUCA